CGAUCCUAUCAGUACUGCUUUUUCCGGUGGGUUGAAGUGAAAGAGGGAAUGAGUUAUUGUUGUGGAGGUUGGCGUGUGUUACAGAUACACAGAAGUCACAAGAAGUUAGUAUAUGGCAUUGAUACUGCAUUAGUAAUGUUACCGCUCUCACUCUCACCCUUUCGUCCUCUCUCUUCUUCUUCUUCUCUUCCAUUUUCUUCCAACACCCACCUUUCUUCCUCUAUUUCCCAAGUAACAGCAGAACAAGACCAACACCAACAAAACUCACGACGAAAAAGCUCACAACUCGUUGCAUUAGAAUAUGCUGAACUCAACCUCUCUAACAACUUGGAUAUGGGUCAUGUCAGAAUCAGGCAACAUGUCAAUCCCCUUAGUUCUUCGUUCUCUACUCCUGCACAAGUACCAGACUGGAACCAGGUGUUUGCAGACCCUGCUCUGCCACUCAUGGUGGAUAUUGGAUGUGGCAGUGGUAGGUUUCUUAUGUGGCUUGCAAAAAGAACGCCUAAAGUGAGAAAUUAUUUGGGAUUGGAAAUACGGCAAAGGAUGGUGAAGCGUGCUGAGUUGUGGGUAAAAGAUCUGGCUCUGGAUAACAUACAUUUCUUGUUUGCAAAUGCCCCAAUUUCUUUCAAGCAGUUGGUAGAAUCAUAUCCUGGACCCUUGCAGUUAGUUUCAAUUUUGUGUCCAGACCCUCAUUUCAAGAAAAAACAUCAUAAGAGAAGGGUUUUGCAGAAGCCUUUGGUUGGUGCUAUUGUAGAUAAUUUAUCUCCUGGGGGACAGGUAUUUGUACAGUCUGAUGUGGUUGAAGUGGCACUUGACAUGAAAAACCAGUUUGACGAAGUUGAUGCACUUAGUCACAUAGAUGCUUUGAACUCUGAUAUAUUGUGUGACAGUGAAGGAUGGUUAUUAAGCAAUCCUAUGGGGAUUAGGACGGAGCGAGAGAUUCAUGCCGAAUUUGAAGGAGGAAAAAUCUAUCGAAGGUUGUACGAGAAGAAGUAGACAUGAAUGUUUUGUCACGCUUGAGUGCAAUCCUGUUCAUUCCAGACAUUUUAUUGUGUCUGGUGAUGUAUUCAUGCAUUUUAUAUGUUCAAUUUCAACCACAGGGGCAAAGCAUGCAUGCUCUUAGGAUGAUUACCAGUAUUUUCUCUAGAUAUUAAUUUUUCUCCUUUUUCUUAUAGUGGGUUCUUAAUUUUGAAAUAAUUAUUUACUUGUAACUUAAGAAAGUUUCUUUUAAUAAAAUUUGUAGGUGUUAUUGAGAAGUUA